UGUUUAUGGCAGAACAAUUUGACAGAUAACGCAUCACUCAUAAUGGUCCAAAGUCCAGUCCUGCCCCAGCCAAUGAAGCACACUGGCACACAUACAGUGGAGAAAGGCAUUGCAGGUCUAUCAGCUGGAGGAAACAUCUGAAACGCUGCCUUUAUGAGCCUGUGAGAGAGCACAGGCAAGAGAGAUGGACAUCCUGGAAACAAGUGCCUACGACCGCAGACAACGCAGAAACACGUGGUGUGUUCUGCUUCUGUAUCUCCUGCCUUUCAUUGCAUCCUGCACUCUUUACUUCUACCUGUGGAUCCCAGAUUCGGCCCCGUCUCUUCUGGCCGCGGGGAUUAAAGCGGCCCCCAUCCUUUCUCUGGUCCUUCUGGUGCUCAGUUAUAAUGGGGGGUGGAGUCUGGUGGGCGUGGCCGGAGGGCUGCUGCUGUCAGCGGGCGGAGACUGUUGCCUAAUUUGGCCUGAACUUUUUAUUCAUGGAAUGGGCUGUUUUGCUCUGGCCCACUUGCUGUACUCAGUGACCUUCCUGUCCUCUCGAUACUCCUCAACAUCUUCAUCUUUCUCCUUCUUCUUCCUCUACCUGGUGCUGUGGUUGUUCGGCGUUGGCAUCUACGUUUACCUAAUGCCCUUCCUGCAGCUGGAUCCAGAAGCUGACGUCCUGGUUCCCGCCAUCGGAGGUUAUGUGCUCCUCAUCGUCAUCAUGGCCACAAUGGCGGCUCGCACCCGCCGGCCGCUCAUCCUGCUGGGCAGCCUGGUGUUCAUGGCCUCAGACCUCACCAUUGCGCUCACAAAAUUCAACGUAGUCGAUACUGAAUACAAAAGGCACAUUAUUAUGGUCACGUAUUACCUGGCGCAGCUGAUGAUCGCGCUGGGAGAUGUGAAGGCGGUGCUGGAGGAAAACGCAGAUGAUCUCCACAAGUGGAAGAGAUCUUAAUGCUGAUGUGCACUCAAGACGUUGGUUUAAUAAACAAUACAGGCUUCACUGACAAGGAUGUAAAACCUUUUUAAAGUCUGUUUUGCAGAUGUGCAAUUGGGAUGACUUUCCCAUAUAAACAAUAUUAUUAAUUUAUAGUGAAUUACUAAGCCUACAUUGUUUAUGAACCAUACUACUGUAUAAUAGUAAAGUGUAUUACACAGUAUAGUAUUCACAAUAGCUAUUGGACUGACACGUCACUGACAGAAUUUCACUUUACUAGAACUUCUAUGUUAAGCUGCUUUGACACAAUCUACAUUGUAAAAGCGAUAUAGAAAUAAACAUUAAUUGAAUAGAAUUUUAAUGCUUCGGCAUAUCAACUAUAGUGAACUGAUAAUUGUAAUAAAUAUUUUGGAAUGCUUUAGUUUUACUAUAGUAAUCUGUGGUGUAUUGUAGCAUAUGCUUAGAGUUGUAGAAAACUGGAUGGUGUGGUUCAAAAACACUGUAGUAUUUACUAUAAAUUACUGUAGUAUUAUUUCAUAUGGGUUGCAUUGCAUCAGAAAUUUUACAAAACCUGAGUGAACUUGAGAACUUGACUUGAAACUAUAAUAACUCGCUGUAGACCGUGUGAUGAAAUGAACUCGUCUGAUUAAAUUAAAGGAAUAAUCCACCCAAUAAUUAAUUUAUUUCAUAAUUUAUUUACUCCUCUGUGUUGCAAAUGUUUGAGUUUCAUUCUUCUGUUGAACACAAAAGAAGAUAUUUAGAAAAAUGUUGAAAGCCAAUGACUUCCACACUCAAAUAAAUUAUAUUUUUUUACUUGUUCAAACUAAUUUAAAAUGAGCUAAAACAACAAGAUUCUUGAGAUUUCAUUGGGACAACUUUUUUAUGUUCAAUCCACAUAAAUUUGUUAAAAGUGUAAAAUUAAAUUAAUCGAUUUGUGUUAGGACAACACAAAGUAAUUGUGUGGAACCCUGCAUUUUAUCCCAUGCAUGAUAUUUGUUUAUGGUGAUUUCCACAUUCUUCAAAAUAUUUUCUUUUGUGUUCAGCAGAAAAAAACAGAAACUUAUAAAAGUUUGGAACCACCUAAUGGUAAGUAAAUAGUAAGUAUUUUUGGGUGAAUUAUUGCUUAAAGGCAAGACACUGCAGACAAAAAACUAUUUUUAUCAAUAUUUUGACUUUACUUAUGGAUUUUAUAUAUAAACCGUAAAACCCCAAAAGUUCAGGUAACUUAAACCAUUUGGAAAACCGACUGCAACAAAUCAUUUAGGUUCAAAAACUAAACUAAUGAGUACUGUGAACUCAAUCCAAUUGAGUAAACGAAGUAAUUUGAGCACAGUAAAACCCAAUAAAUGAAGAGAACUCAAACCAACUGAGUAGUGUAAAACCCAAUAAGUUCAAACUGUUUGAGGAAACUGAUUGCAACAAACCUACUACAAAACUAUAUGAGUAUUUUGAACUUACUCUAUUUCAGUUGGAUUAAUGAGGUAUUUUGUUAACUCAUUACCUUCAACAGUUCAAAACUUUUCAAAUGAGUAGAAUAAACUUUUAGUCAACUUUGAGUUAACCACACUCAUUUCAUUCGAUAAAGUUGACUGUUGGGUUUUACAGAAUUUAUAUAUAUUCCAACAUUCUCAACCUGAUUUUUGUGCUAGAAAUGCAAAUAAGUGCAUAUUUAAUUUAACAAUGCCUCGUUUGCAUAUUUUAACAGUAUUUUAAAAAUCUUGUAAAACAAAAAGUGCUUACAGUUGGUAAUAUAAUCGAUCAAACAGGGAAGUACAGUGAUAUCUGUGAGUUAAUGUUUUACUCUUUUGACCUGCAGUGCCUUGCCUCAAAAUCAUUAGUUUGUUUGUUUUGUUCUGUCUAAUAUUUAUGCUCAUUUGCUCCAUGUUUCUAGAGCAAAUUUGAAUCAUAUACUUGAACUGAAAUAAAGGAGGUGGAGUCACAAUGUUUCAAAAA